CUUGCCUCGUUUCAAUCCAGAUUGACUCAGCUGAGCAAAACACCUUUCAAAAUCUUUUCUUGAGUUGACUUGACAAGAACUGAUUCUGAAGCCUCAAUUAAGCCUGCAUGUCUGUUGGAGUGUAAUCUAGCUGCAGACAAGAAGGCAACGUUGUGUGCUUUAACAUUAUUUUAUUUUCAUUGAAACGGAGGCAGUGUGACAUUUCGACUUCAAAAUGUCGACGUUCGUGUUUGACGCUUAUCAAGACUCUGAGAACCAAGCAACACGUCGGGUAAAAAAUGCACCCAGAAAUAUUGCACCUAAGAGGGCUGCUUUGGGUGUCAUAACCAACCAAGUCCGAGUGCAGCCGUUUAGAGCAGCAAAAGCUGGCACCGAAGCAUUUCAAGAUGAAAAUGCGUUUUCAAGGCAAGGAAAGGUUUUCGGACAGAAGCAGGAGGUCCAACCUUUUUCUAUAUUUGUUGACGACCGAAAAACAUUACAAGAACUUAAGCCAGUAUCUGCUAAUAUGGUGGCAAGUGCUGAUACCAAAGUGCAAUUGUCUGAUGCUGUUACAACUCUAAACCGUCUCCAUGAUCCUCUUUCCACAGCAGCAAACAACUCUCUUAUUUGCAUAGAUGAAAGUAUUGAUUCUCCUAUGGUGCUAGACAUUUCACAUGAUGUAGCAGAAGAGGAGAAAAAACCUUUAAACAGAGAAGCUAUCAUCACAACUGUCCCAGAGUAUGCAGAAGAAAUAUACACACAUUUACGAGAAGCUGAAUUGAAAAAUAAACCAAAGGCUGGCUAUAUGAAGAAACAACAAGACAUCACAACUUCUAUGAGAUGUAUUCUGGUAGAUUGGCUUGUGGAAGUGUCCGAAGAGUACAACCUUCAUCGUGAGACACUAUUCCUCGCCAUCAACUACAUAGACCGCUUUCUGUCCACAAUGGCUGUUCAGAGGGGCAAGCUUCAGUUGGUGGGCGCUGCCAGCAUGUUUCUUGCAUCGAAAUAUGAAGAGAUCUACCCCCCAGAUGUUGGAGAGUUCGCUUACAUCACAGAUGACACAUACACAAAGAAACAAGUGCUGAGGAUGGAACAUCUUAUCCUGAAGGUACUCAAGUUUGACAUCUCUCCUCCAACUGCUAACUGGUUUUGUGACCAUUUCCUUAAGCAAGCUGAAUGUGAUGACAAGACCAAAUCACUCGCAAUGCUGCUGAUAGAGCUGAGCUUAGUGGAGUGUGAAACCUUCCUGAAGUACAACCCUAGUCUACUGUCUGCAGCGGCCACCUGUCUAGCCUGCUACUCAAUGGGAGAUGACCAACCAUGGCCUGCUAGUAUGGUCAAGUUGACAGGAUACGAGUUGUGUCAUAUGGUGGAAUGUCUACAGGAUCUGUACAACACUUAUUGCAAUGCAACAAAACACCCACAACAGGCCGUCGUGGAGAAGUACAAACACACCAAACAUCAUGAAGUGUCCAACUUCAGCAAGUACCCACCUCCUGCUCAGCUGUCCUUAUAGACCAAGUGACAGGAGUCGGAAAUCCUGGAGCUGUAGAGGGGAAGUCCCCAGUCCCAACCCAGGGGGCUUUGCACUUCCCUGCAUGUGGCCCACACAGGAGUACGUCAUACCAAGUUCUUUCAUUGCUGCGGCCUGUCGAUCCAUUUGACGUGCCCGUACAACCAGCCGGAUCAACUACCAAUUGUGUUCAAGGGAGAGAGGAUGUGGUUUGGAAUAAAGUUUUGAUGAGUUGUGUAUGCUUCUGGUCUUUCUGCAGCACAGGAGUGUUACCAUGAACUGAUUUAUUUUGAGUUCCUUCCAUCCACGCAUUGAAGAGAGGAAAUAGCAGCUAUUUGUGUUUUAGUCCUAGGUGCAAUACAAACUUCAUUUUACUUCAACUACAUGUUUUCAUUGGUAUCUGAUCAUUAGUGUCUUGAAAUCUUCGUUUCUAGUGAUAUUAUUUUAAAACGCAUUUGAUUUUAAUGACGACCAUUUUUUAUCAUCUCGACUUUUAUACAAUCCAAUAUAUUUUUUGUCAUAAAUGAAAUGAGAACUUUUGAAGUUUUAUACAUUACAGAAAUUAAUUUUAAAGGCAUGUUGAUUAAAUUGUGCAUUGAAUGAUUACAGUGAGAAAUUUGUUGGAGGACAUUUCUUUAUGGUUGGUUUUUGUAACUAAUGAAAUGUUUCCUCUUCAAUCAUUGCAAUUUUUUUUCAUUUCAUUUCAAAGAAUCAUGAACAAAAUAAUGAGUUUGUUUUCUCAUUUGGAUGGUGCUAUUUUAUGAUUUUUAUUUUUUAAUUUCAUUGCAUAAAGGAUUCAAACAUACUAUUUCCUUCGGCAGUACUAGAAUAUUUCCAUUUGAAAGAAUAUAUAGCCCAAUGUCUUUUCUGAUUACUUUAGGAAUUAUUCAUUUACUUCACUGCAUGCUAGAUAAAUUGACAAACUGUGUCUCCCAGUGGAAGUGUAUCACCUAGGGGAGGUAUUUUUGCAGUUUUCUAAAUUAAAAAAAAGAUCAGAUAGUCACUUGACAUGUUCAGAAGAUAUUUGAAUACAUUUUAAACAUAUCAAUUUAGCAAAUAUUUUACAAGUAAUAUAGAAUCAUCUGAAUAAAUGCUAAGUUUGUUUUGAGCAAAAACAGUAAUUGAACACUAAUUUCGCGAGCUUUUGAAAUGUCUGUUUGUCGAGCAAAGCAAGAAAACACAUUUUCAAAGUUCUCAAAAUAAGUUCUCAAUUACUGUUGGUGUUCAAAAACACAGUAGACUAGUGGUUCAACCUUUGGAUAUCUUUAUUCAGAAUUCAGUACCUACAUGUGUAUUUUAUUGUUACAUUCAGCACUUUUUUAAAAAUAAUUUGACGUUGACUUUGAUGAUAUAAGUAAUUAAGCUAUCAUUCUGACAAGUGUGUCUAUUUUUGUGUAAAACCAUAGAACUGCUGUUAACAUGCCUAAUAUCAUUGGGAACGGAGUAUCAAUGUGUAUAAGGUCGUAAACGAGUCCCAACGAUUGCCUCACUAUUCAUUAGAAGUCAUUUUUUUACCCAUAGAAAUAUAGUGUGAUUGUCCACAGCUACUUUUAUUUAUGAAUACCUCCUUUCUGCCAUUCUGUUUGCACCUCUGUACAUAGUGUUGCUCUCUGUACAAACUUUUACUGUUGUCUUAUUCUGUCUUCUGAGGGUGUUACUGAAAUGAUCAUGUGUGUGUUUGUUAAUGUCUCAACAUUCAAACAAAUGAUGUAUAAUUGUGUUAAGUUAAUUUUAUGAAUGAUUUGAUUGGGAUGAAUGUCUUUUAGUAUAACUGCAUAAAGUGAAGAUGUGCAACGAUGUAUAUUUUUAGCCAUAGGUGCAACAGAUGAAUUGGGACCCUAUGGAGGUGGCAUGAUUUGAACAGAGGGCAGCACAUUCCCAUCUUAUAAAUGACUUUGUGUUCCGAUUGCAUCAUGAUUAUUAUAUAUUUAAAUUGUAAUGGCGUGUAGAUAUUGAAUUUUACAUAUAAAACUUUUUAA